UUCAGAAGGUGGAGAAGCUGCUGUGCGGUGAGCUGCGCCGGGGGCCACAGCCCAUAGAGGUUAAUCUAAAGCAUUGAGCUGUACGUGCUGGAGGGAUAAUAGUGCACAGGCGAAUGAAGGAUCGCUUAAUAUCCCUACAGCCUCUGGAUGUGGAUUUUAAGAGAGCCGAGAUUGAAAUCACCCUCUAUUUAGAUCGAAAGCAGGACUCAUGAAUUACUAAGUAUAAGGAGCAGAAAAAGGAGCAGGGCAUCCACGGAUCGGAGGAGCUGUCAUCAUGAGAAGUUUAUAUGAGCAGCCCUGGAAGUUGGAUGGAAAGCAGAAGUUUGCAAACCGGCUCCAUUAAUAAGAAUGUCUGCCAGGGAAGAACCUGUGGAUUCGGUCAUCCCGAGCGAUCUAGCACUUUACCUUUAAUGUGGAAUCAACCUGAUCACAUCUGAAAAAAAACUUUAAAAACCAUUGUUCUUGGGUUAACCCCAUCCUCACAAGCAGCGAAACCCCAACACUCUUGUGAUGGUUUGAUUUUUAUGGAGAUCUUCGAAGACGCCUAAAUUCUCAAACUAAAUUAUUUUCCAAAAUGCCCCAAAUUCUUAUUCUCAGUCCUUUGGUGUUUUUAAAGGCAUGGCUUUUCCUGCGAUUAGCACCGGGGUUGAGAUUGUCAAUCGUGCAUCGGUUUUAAGAUUUAACUCCAUGAUAAAGCGUAUUACAGGAAACCUCGCUGCCCGUAAAUGAAAUCAUGGCCCAACUGAAGAUCUGGAGCUUCUUCUCUACGUUCGUCUUUCUGCUUCUGAGGUAUCCCACACCUGUUCCAGCAGCAUCCAAAGCAAUCGUCUGCCAGGAAAUAACUGUGCCCAUGUGCAAGGGCAUUGGAUACAAUUAUACCUACAUGCCAAACCAGUUCAACCAUGACACUCAAGACGAAGCGGGAUUGGAAGUACACCAGUUUUGGCCGCUGGUUGAGAUCCAGUGUUCACUUGACCUGAAGUUUUUCCUCUGUAGUAUGUAUACGCCCAUUUGUAUAAGUGACUAUAAGAAGCCUCUUCCACCUUGCAGGUCAGUCUGUGAGGGUGCCAAAGCAGGCUGUUCUCCCCUGAUGAGACAGUAUGGCUUUGCAUGGCCAGAGAGAAUGAACUGUGACAAGCUGCCAGAAUUUGGAGACCCAGACAACCUCUGCAUGGAUUAUAACAGGACAGAGACCACCACACUUCAACCUCUGUUUGCAAAGCCCACCUACCCAUCAAGGCCCUCAAAACACUUGACUCCCCUGCAUAGCCAAAGGCAACCAACCAAUGAAUGUGAUGGUGUAUGCAAAUGCAGGGAGCCUUUCAUCUCCAUAACUAGAGAAUCGCAUCCACUCUACAACAGAAUCAAGACUGGCCAGGUGCCCAAUUGUGCCAUUCCUUGUUUUCAGCCCUACUUUACUCCAGAUGAGAGGACCUUUUCCACUUUUUGGAUUGGACUGUGGUCCAUUUUGUGCUUCAUCUCAACCUUUACUACUGUAGCCACUUUCCUAAUUGAUAUGGAAAGGUUUAGAUACCCUGAACGCCCCAUUAUCUUUUUAUCUGCUUGCUAUCUCUUCGUAUCCUUAGGGUAUAUUGUACGACUUGUGGUAGGACAUGAAAAUGUGGCCUGCAAUAGGGACCAUAUUCACUAUGAAACCACAGGCCCAGCUUUAUGUACUGUUGUGUUUCUUCUCAUCUAUUUCUUCGGAAUGGCCAGCUCCAUUUGGUGGGUAAUCCUAUCUUUCACGUGGUUUUUGGCGGCUGGAAUGAAAUGGGGAAAUGAGGCCAUUGCCAACUACUCUCAAUAUUUCCACAUGGCAGCAUGGUUAAUACCAAGCGUGAAAUCCAUAGCUGUUCUUGCCUUAAGUUCUGUGGAUGGAGACCCAGUGGCUGGCAUCUGUUACGUAGGGAACCAAAACCUGGACAAUCUUCGUGGCUUUGUCUUGGCUCCUUUGGUUGUGUAUCUUUUCACAGGGACCAUGUUUCUUCUAGCAGGCUUUGUGUCCCUUUUCAGGAUAAGGAGUGUUAUCAAACAAGGCGGCACUAAAACAGACAAACUAGAAAAGCUUAUGAUCCGCAUAGGCAUCUUUACUGUACUUUAUACCGUGCCUGCAACAAUAGUCGUUGCUUGUUACAUUUAUGAACAGCACUACAGAGAAUAUUGGGAGAAAGCCCACAACUGCUCUUGUCCGGGGGACAAAAGGAGAGCCCGACCUGAGUAUGCCGUGUUUAUGCUAAAGUACUUUAUGUGUCUGGUGGUUGGAAUAACCUCAGGUGUGUGGAUAUGGUCCGGAAAGACUCUAGAAUCUUGGAGGAGAUUUACAGGUAGAUGCUGCAGAACAAGCAAACCCAUCAACGUAUCUGCAUACAGUCAGGCUACCACUGCACUCACGGGGAGGACUGGCUUACCAAGCUCAGCUUUAUAUCACAAGCAGGUGCCGCUGUCUCACGUGUGAAUGGGCUUUAUACUGCAGAACUCGCAGAAGAGCGAAACUUUUGGCCACAAGAUCCUUUUGUUUAGUUUACGUGUCCUGCCAUUGCUGCUUUAUCACUGUUCCGACAAUCAAUAUGUGGAAAUGGGUAGUAGCCCUUUAACAUUUCAUCUGUUGUAUUUAUAUUUUCUAUGUUUUGGGAGCCAUUAAUAUGGGAAAAUACUUGAUUUUUCCACCUGUUUGCUGCAAAAAUGAUCUGGUAGAUAUUAUUUUUUUAUUUUUUUGCAGUUGAUGG